GUUUUAUGCCACUUCUUUUUCUGUGUCAUUUUGUCCACCACACUUUUAACGUUGUGCGUGAGUGCACAAAGAUGUUUUGGAAGGUGAAAGAUGCUCCGCAACAUCAAAGGAGGGACACAUUGAUAUAAAUCAAUGUUACACUGGAAAAGGAAGUCUCUCCUGGCUCUCCACAGUUCUCUCCUCCUCCCUCUCACCUCCUCAUGCUGGGACCCCUCUCCUCCACCCUCCCCCUUCUGAGAAAGUGGGACUCCCUCCUUCCCCUCGAAUCUCUCGCUCUCCCUCUCCCGUGUGAGGAUUUAACACAAUGCAACGCUGGCGGCCUCAGUUGAGCCCGGGACUGUAGCAGAGAGUCACAGCCACAGCAUGGAUGUCAAACUGCUGCCACUGAUGCUUCUGUUGGCCGUGAUCACACAUGGACCGAUCAGCACCGCAAAGCCUAUCAGUCUGGUGGAGCGGUGCUGGUGUCGUUCCACUCUCAACACGGUUCCUCAGCGCUCCAUCAAAGAGCUCAAGUUCCUGCACACGCCCAACUGCCCCUUCCAAGUCAUUGCCAAGCUGAAGAACAACCGGGAAGUUUGCAUCAACCCUGAAACCAAGUGGCUGCAACAGUACUUGAAGAACGCCAUUAACAAGGUGAAGAAGUCCAGAAGGCGUAACAACAAGAAGAACUAAGUCCGAGGGAUGUUUUCUACCAGGUCAAGCAUCCUGGGGUCCAACCUGUGUACCUCUCUACCACUGCUAUGGAUGUAUGUAAACACGCUGUAUGUACCCGUCCACUUCUCUGGACCGCUUGCACAACCAGCACUUCGACGCCAAUCUGUGCCGCCACCCGACAUGGGCCCCUCUGGACUUCCACUGACUCGUCCCCCACGCUCCAUGGUGGCACCAAGUGCAAUUAAAGCCUAGCUUGGGAUAACGGACGCAUCAUGAUGUUUAUUGUGUCUUAGUGAGCGCUAGGUCAACGUGUGUGUGUGUGUGUGUGUGUGUGUGUGUGUGUGUGUGUGUGUGUGUGUGUGUGUGUGUGUGUGUGUGUGUGUGUGUGUGUGUGUGUGUGUGUGUGUGUGUGUGUGUGUGUGUGUGUGUGUGUGUGUGUGUGUGUGUGUGUGUGUGUGUGUGUGUGUGUGGAAAAAAGAGCAUGUGGAGCUUUCUUUCCUAUUGGCAAGUGCUUAUGGGGAAGGAAUCAAGUCAGAUGUCCUAUAAACAAUAGGCCCUUUUCCAUCAAACUUUUGCUUCCUGCUGGAUCUAUAGUUUCCUGUAGAAGUGGGUGGUUUGUGUUUCCACCGCAUUUCACAGUUCAGGUUAGUAUAUACAAUAUCAGGCUGAUGGCGUAUGGCCGUGCGUUUCCCACCUAGGCCUUCAGUGAUGUCCGACUUCAAUGAUUACCUCUCAAAAUACCAUCAUUGAUGUCAUUUCUGGAGAAAUACUAUACAGGAACACAUUUACGCACUACUGUGCAUUGUACAAAACGGGUUAUUUUCUGGCGCAUUUAAAAAUCAAUAAACCCGCAUCAGCAAUAUGUGGUGAGAACUCCGAAAGGUUCCUCAAGAACUAAAUCUACCCGGGUAGUUUUUGGUGGGAACACACGGGGGAACUUUAAGUGGGGAAGUUCCUAAAAAAAAAAAAAGUUCCUGCGGUGGAAAAGGGCCGAUUCAAUAUUAUUUGUUGGCAGGUAACAAUAACAAAUCUCCCACUGUCUUUUAAAUAAGCAAAUAUUUACCGCUGGAUCAAAUGUGUGUUAAGUAUAUAUGAAAGUGGCACUCUUUUUUAAAAGUCUUGUGACAAGCACUGAUCAUGUGGUGCAACAACUAUAAAAGGCAUUUUUUAUAUUUUCAUGUAAAGAUUACAGGUAGCGAUGUGUUCAUAUUCAGUAGCUUGCAAACUUAUGGCAAUCAAAUGUGAAUUACAACAUGUUAAUGUCAUCUCCUGCAGACAAACGCGAUAAAGAGGAUUGAAUAAGUGGAGUAUUGUUAAAGUUAAAGUACCAAGGAUUGUCACACACACACACGAAGUGUGGCCUAAUUAUUCUCUGCAUUUGACCCAUCACCCUUGAUCACCCCCUGGGAGGUGAGGGGAGCAGUGAGCAGAAGCAGUGGCCGCGCCCGGGAAUCAUUUUUGGUGAUUUAACCCCCAAUUCCAAGCCUUGAUGCUGAGUGCCAAGCAGGGAGGUAAUGGGUCCCAUUGGUGUAUAUGUAUUGUUUAUUAAUGCAGAUUUUGCUGACUGGACAUAUCGCUAUAGAGACCAAAUAUUUAUUCAGUGUCACAAGUACAAACCUCAGCAAAACAAUCGCAAUUCCGAACCUGUUUUUUACCAUUUUUACACAGCAGCGGAGACUGAAUUGUUGACAAUUUGAACAAAUAUUGUCAAAAAGGGAACGUCCAUGACGGCAAAAAGAAAGUUUGGAUGAUUUUUUUAUACAUAGAAAUAUAUAUUUUUGAGCCACUUUAUUACCUGUUAUUUCUUGGGAAUGUUACUGUUUUAUUUGUAUAUUGUAUGUGUUCUCACUGAAUUGCUUUUUUUUUUUAAUGCAACAUACUGGUCAAUACUACAGUAAAUGAAGGCUAGAAUAUUUUAAACUUCCAGCAGUAUUAAGCUACUGUGCAUUACGUUUUGAAUUCAAUUUCCAGUUAUUGGUUCCAAAACAAUAUGCAACGCAGAAAUCGAAAGAUUUAUUUUUAUUUUUACAAUGUUGCUGCUCAAACGCAAGUUAAUUAAAUACUGUCCUCCUAUUGUUUUUGUUCCCUGUAUUCAUUCAUUCAACAUUCUAUAUUAGUAUAUCUUGUUUGAGGAUAGAAGUCAUCAUUAUUGAGUAAUAUUUGGAAACAUAUUUCAGCCCAGCUACACCUAAUACCUGAUUGGCUUUUUACACUGUUGCCCAAUGUUUGUAUUUAGUGUCAGUAAAGCGAUUGAGCCAAAGCAGAACAAAAGCUGCAGUUUUAGAUCUAAGCGAACAACAUGUGCUUUCUAUUAACACACUGCCAGCGCCCUGUAUACUUAUUCUCUGCAGAACUGUCCUUUUAUCCAUAAAAUGUUAUGGAGGUGUUGCUUGUGGUCUUUGCUAACAUCUUUGUUUUGUUUGACAAAUGGCAGCCUGCUUGCUUACAGGCGAUAAUAUUAUUGAGCCAACAAUGCAACAAUUCAUACUAAUCAGCCUUCAUUAAUUUAAAGCCAUACUACCGUAUUUUUCGGAGUAUAAGUCGCACCGGAGUAUAAGUCGCACCUGCAAAAAAUGCAUAAUAAAGAAAUAAAAAAUAUAUAUAUAAGUCGCACUGGAGUACAAGUCGCAUUUUUUGGGGAAAUGUAUUUGAUAAAACCCAACACCAAGAAUAGACAUUUGAAAGACAAUUUAAAAUAAAUAAAGAAUAGUGAACAACAGGCUGAAUAAGUGUACGUUAUAUGAGGCAUAAAUAACCAACUGAGAACGUGCCUGGUAUGUUAACGUAACAUAUUAUGGUAAGAGUCAUUCAAAUAACUAUAACAUAUAGAACAUGCUAUACAUUUACCAAACAAUCUGUCACUCCUAAUCGCUAAAUCCCAUGAAAUCUUAUACGUCUAGUCUCUUACGUGAAUGAGCUAAAUAAUAUUAUUUGAUAUUUUACGGUAAUGUGUUAAUAAUUUCACACAUAAGUUGCUCCUGAGUAUAAGUGCCAAACUAUGAAAAAAAACUGCGACUUAUAGUCCGAAAAAUACGGUAAUUAUUCGAUACAGCACUGAGUAUGCAAAAACAAAUGCAAGAUUAUUAUUAUUAUAUACAGAAAAAUAUGAUGAUCACACAAUGCUACUCCAUUUAUCGACUUCUAAAUGCCAUUAACACAGUGGUUCUCAAACUUUUUUCACCAAGUACCACGUCAGAAAAAACGUGUCUCCAAGUACCACCGUAAUGACCAAGAUUAAAAUACAGUAGCAUAAUAUGUCUAAGUAUUAGUUAAAAACAAGGAACACGCAUAUUUCAUAUUUUUGGCCACUGCUACAUUACACACAGUUUGAACAGUAACAAUGUAAACACUGUACUUUAAUUAUGUGAUUAUUUGGCAUAUAACUAGAUGUAACCCGUGUACGGCUAGUGGUACACAUACCACAGUUUGAGAAUCACUGCAUUCGCAUAACAACAAAAAUACGUUAUGCAUUGAAUAAAUAUGGGUAUAAAUGUGCACAGGACUUUAAAGACAUUUUUCUAGCAAUACUAAAAAUAUUUACUAAUAUUGUACUCCACACAGACGAAUGAAUGCAUUUUCUUUUUGUCACAGUUUGUGUCACGAUUGUAUCACUUGUGUACAAUGCAUACUUGUCUGUUGCAGAUGUGAUUAAUUCAAAGCCAUUUAUCAUUUUAAAAAUCACAUUAUCAAUUAACUUUACUCUCCAUUAGAGGGGAGUAUGAUUAUUUAACAACAUGGGGUGUGCGGUCCAUUUGGACUCCCAAAAUGUGAAACAUGUUAUUCUUAAUUAUGUUAGCCUUUGCAUUUUGUAUGUAAGCCAAGAUGUAUUUUAGCUAUGAUACUCAAAGCCUUUUCAAUAAAGUCACAUUAAAAAUAA